AUGAUGGACGAUGAAGAUAGCGUGGUCUCCAUUGAGGAUGUUAUCAAAUCUAUCGAUGAAGAAAAAGCCAUCGUUAUGGGCGGCAUCAAAAAUCACGACUCUUGCAGUUUCAUUAGUGGCUACAUGAAACGCCAAGCUCUGUACACAUGCCUAACUACAUGCGAAAUUCCAGGUUUCGAAGUUCGCAUGAACACUGUAUGCGGUGAAUCCUCCGAGGAACAUGAUGAUGAUAAUUCAUCACACGAGAGUAGUGUCAAAUCGAACUGUGGAAACCGAUCUCGAUCACCCAACGACGAUCACCCUUGUAACGGCGGAAUCGGUUCAAUCACUUCGGAGGACGAUCCUGAGAAACCAGCUACUGUCAUCACUGAACCAUAUCUUAGUCGUAAGAAGCUUAAACAGCAAAAUGUGACCUCUCUCAAAAAAUCAUCUGAACGCAACGCGGCCGUAGAUUUAUCCGACGGAUGGACUCAAGUGGAACAGAAACAGUUGGAAGUGGCAAUUCGAUCGAUUGGAAAAGAAGUUCCUGAACGUUGGGACCGGAUAGCCGAAUGUAUUCCCACAAAAACGAAGACUAUUCCAAACAGUGGUUGUUCUUCCUUCGAAGCACAGGGGGAUUAAAAACGCUUCAUAUCAGGCACCACAAGCUUGUACCGGCGUCCGCAUGAGCUACAUGGCAAUCGCAAAUGAAGUAGCGGUCUCAACUUGCGGACGUCAACUAGGUGUGAUAUGCGACAGAUCACGAUGUGAUCAACUCACAGCCGAGUAUAGAACAAGGUGUACAGGCCUAGCUUCUCGCACCGAUCUUCGUACGGCAAUCCUCCUAAACUCGGAAUGAACUUGGUAACAAUGAGUUUAACCCGUCUGUUCGUCUGCACCUCGCCUCCUCGGGUGAUUGGAUAGUAGACUGACGAGCAACACUCUAGCAUUGGUCUUAUCAUGAAGGAAA